AUGGCCCUGGCAAAACCGUCAUCUCGCUGCUGCUCCACAGGUUGGACAGUCAAAAGCCGGACCAGCUUCAGCAAGAUCUCCAGCGUCCACCUCUGUGGCCGCCGCUACUGCUUCGAGAGUGAGGGUGACAUCCAGCGUUUCCAGCGGGACUUCGCCUCCCGCCUGUGGCUCACCUACCGCCGGGACUUCCCGCCCUUGGCUGGGGGCUGCCUGACCUCAGACUGUGGCUGGGGCUGCAUGUUGCGAAGUGGGCAGAUGAUGCUGGCACAGGGCCUCCUGCUGCAUUUCCUGCCCAGAGAUUGGACAUGGGCGGAGGGUGCAGGCCUGAGCCCCCCUGAGCCGUCAGGGUUGGCCUCUCCCAACCGGCACCAUGGGCUUGCCCACUGGAAGCCCCCACGCUGGGCCCAGGGCGCCCCUGAGGUGGAGCAGGAACGCUGGCAUCGGCAGAUUGUGUCCUGGUUCGCUGACCACCCCCAGGCCCCCUUCGGCCUACACCAGCUGGUGGAGCUCGGACAGAGCUGGGGCAAGAAGGCAGGUGACUGGUAUGGGCCAUCUCUUGUGGCACAUAUACUCAGGAAAGCUGUGGAGAGCUGCUCAGAGGUCACCCGCCUGGUGGUGUACGUGUCUCAGGAUUGCACAGUGUACAAAGCAGAUGUGGCCCGCCUGGUGGCUCGGCCGGACUGCACAGCGGAGUGGAAGUCUGUGGUCAUCCUGGUGCCUGUGCGGCUGGGUGGGGAGACCCUCAAUCCCGUGUAUGUGCCCUGCGUGAAGGAGCUCCUGCGUUCAGAGCUGUGCCUGGGCAUUAUGGGGGGCAAGCCGCGGCACUCGCUGUAUUUCAUCGGCUACCAGGAUGACUCCCUGCUCUACCUGGACCCCCACUACUGCCAGCCCACUGUGGAUGUCAGCCAGGCUGACUUCCCCCUGGAGUCCUUUCAUUGCACCUCACCCCGCAAGAUGGCCUUCACCAAGAUGGACCCCAGCUGUACGGUGGGGUUCUAUGCUGGAAACAGGAAGGAGUUUGAGACACUGUGCUCAGAGCUGACCAGGGUCCUCAGCUCCUCCGCGGCCACACAGCGGUACCCCAUGUUCACCCUGGCCGAGGGCCAUGCUCAGGACCACAGCCUAGACAACCUCGGCUCCCAGCCAACUCUGCAGCUCCCUCGCACUGGGCGGCUCCUCAAGGCGAAGCGCCCCAGCUCUGAGGACUUUGUGUUUUUAUAAAGGGAUGGGAUGGGGGAGAAGAUAGGACAAACACUAUUUAUUUUUUUAUUUAUGUCACACUGGAUGUGAGAGCUUGACCUCUGGUGGUGAUGGUACUUUCCACUUCUCACCCCCUUAAGCGCAGCUGAGACCAGCCCAGGAAACCUCCAGGCUGGAGCCAUUAAGCCAGGGACAGAGCCCAAAGGCCUGCCUCCUGCCACUUGGGCCCUCCUCACAGGGCGAGGAGGGAGGGAUGGCAGAUGGACUCCCAGGCACCCACUCAGGGCCUGACUCAAGUACUGUAGUUUGCACUGGACUGCUCGUGCCCUCACUGGCCUCAAAGCUCCUGUCCUGCUAAGGGCUGGUGGCAGUGUGGGAACUGGCUGCCUGGGGCCAAUAAAGCCGUCUGACUUGACCUCA